AUGGGUUGUGAAGCCCAUAAGUAAAAAAAAAAUCUUACCAGUCUUUGUCAGCCUUGCUUGCACACAUUCUUGAGUGGUGUGAGGCCACUAAUGUUGUUGCAGAACCACUACCUGUUGUACUUCCCCCUAACAUUGCUUCAGAACCAGCACCACCAAAAGAAGAUUUAAUAGCUAAUAGCUGUUCAAGAUUUAACAGAUAA